GUUAAAAGCUUUGACAAGUAAGAGGUCUGAAAAUAAUGGAAAAUGUUUGACGGCCUCUGGUUGUUUGGCAAGCUGGUCUUCAAGCUGCCUGAAACAAUAGAUUUUGGAAGGGAUUCGUUCAGGAAAUAGAAUAAGGUUGUUUCCAUGGAGACGCCAUGGCUACUUCAGUUUGGAGCAACGCUGCGCCGGAAUUUCUUCAUCAAGAUCCGGGACGCUUCUCAGACUUUCCAGGAGAUUUUCCUUCCGGUGAUGUUCUUAUCUGAACAUGAAUUACUCUUUGAAUUGCAGGUAUACAUUAUAAUACUUCUUGUUCUUUUGAAACUAAUCCAACCCGAAAUCAACAUACCUGCUACCCCAUGGCAGCCAAAGGUGGAUGCUCUAUGUCGACCUGUUGUGCCAGGAAGUCAGAGUGUUUGCCAGAAUCUAAAUAGGCGAAUGCCCAGCGAAACAGUACUUGCCUAUGUUCCACAAGGAAAUGAUUUGGUAGAUGAAUUUAUUAGGCAAGUGGCUCACCAGUUUGGAGAAGAGUAUGAAACACCAGUUAUUGUAUCAAGAAGUUUUAGUACAGAGGAAGACUUAGUAAAUUACUACAAAGUAAACCCAGAGAGAAUAUAUGCUGCAAUAAUAUUGGAAGGCAUGGACGGGACUUUGGAAUUUCCUGAAGAUUUAAAGUACUAUAUCAGGAUAAAUGGGAGCUAUGUUCCUUCAGAACAAGACCAGAAAGGGAGGAAUGAAGAGUGUCAUCGAUGGGCACACAAAUGCAGUGUCAAUGACUACCUGGAUUCUGGUUUUCUUGCUCUUCAGUCUGUGAUAUCUCAAGUUGCCAGAAAAAUGUCUCUUCCAAAAUCCUCGUGUUCUCAGAGGACCUAUUCAAAGUCAGCCUUUGCACAGCAACAACCACUGCCCCCAUAUCAUCUGUCCUUUGCUUCAAAAACGUUUCAGCUUUUUACAGCCAUGUACAUGGUUUGGGCACUUGUUCCACAACUGCAGACAGUGCUGUAUCACACAGUAAAGGAGAAAAAGGACCUUCUGAAGGAUUGUAUGCUAGUUAUGGGACUGCGUGAAUCUGUCUAUUGGAUUAGUUGGUUGCUAACCUAUGCAGCAAUGAGUGUAUUGACCUCUCUGAUCUUGGUUUUAUCAGCCAAAAUUGCUAGACUUUUUGCUGUAUCAGACACAAAAGUGGUUUUCUUACUUGUUUACAUUUUCUCACUAUCUCUGAUUACGAUGGCAUUUGCACUAAGCACCAUUUUUACAAAGGUUAGGAGAGCAUUAAGUGUAUCUGGAGCUCUUAUGAUUCUUGGCAGCUUAAUCAUAAUUCCGGUAGAGUUGUUCCAGUGGACACCUGCAGUGUGUGCACUUCUUUCCGUGUUCUCGCCAAUUGGGUUUGCAGUUGCAAUGAAUGUGAUUGUACGUGCAGAAGGGAGUGGGAAGGGUUUAAAUCUUCAUGACUUAUGGUCUACAUCUGUUGAAACAGAUCCAGGGGAUGGUGGGAGUCACUUGAGUGUGGGUAUGAUCAUUUGCGUUCUGGCAAUUGAUAGCGUCCUCUACAUUUUGAUUGCAUGGUAUUUGGAUAAUACAUGGCCACAUCCACAAAGAGGUCCAAAGAGGCCUUGGAAUUUUAUUGUUUCAAAAAAAUUCUGGUUCAAUCACAAAGAAAGAAGUUAUCAUUCAGUUUAUGAUCAGGGUGCUCACGUUUCAUGGCAACAACCUGAUGGGCCAAGAAUUGAGAUGAAUGCUUCCAUUGAAUUUUCAGAAGAAGUUGAAUAUAAUGGAGGGGUAAAGGAUGAAAACUCAAACAUGGAGCAAAUUGAUCCAGAUAUGGCAUCUAAAGUUGCUGUGGAGCUUCAAAACCUGAGAAAAGUGUACACAACGAGGAAAUGGUGGGAAUUCUGGUCAUUUGACAAUAUGAUAGGUUAUCGAACUAAGAGAGUCCAGAAGGAAGAUGAAGCUGUUAAAGGUGUCAGCUUGAAAUUCUAUGAGGGUGAAUGUUUUGCCAUUGCAGGCCAUGGUGGGUCUGGAAAGUCUGACAUUCUUUAUAUGCUUUCUCGGCUUUCAUCUUGCACAUCUGGAGAGGCAUACAUUUAUGGAUUCCCAAUAUCAACAGGAGGGGUGGAGCUAAAAUCAAUAGUGUCUAUCUGUCCUAAGGAGAAUAUAUGCACUGACCUAUUGACUGCUCGCGAGCAGCUUGAGUACUUUGGUACAAUUAAAGGAAUACCAUGGCAUCUCAGAAUUCAAGAAGGAAGAGAAAGGAAAACAUUGAAAGUGCAGAUUGAUGAAUUAUUAACAGAGCUCAACCUUAUUGAAGAGGCAGAUAAGCAGGCACGUGAGUUGACUCCUCCUGCAAGGCGAAAGCUGAGCCUGGCACUAGCUUUAGUUGGUGAUCCCCGGGUUGUACUAAUAGACCAACCAACUGUUGGCUUAGAUCUAGAAUCUAAAAAUCAGUUUUGGAAUCUUAUACGUAAACUGCAGAAAGAGUUUUUGCUUAUUUUCACAACAGAUUCUAUGGAAGAAGCAGAUGUUAUGGCUGAUCGGAAAGCAAUUCUUUCUCAUGGUGUUGUCAAGUGUUGUGGGAGUUCAAUAUUCUUACGCAAACGCUUUGGAUUGAGCUAUUUGUUGCACAUCAUUAGAGGGCAGAAUUACAAAUCAGAGCAAAUGCUCAGAUUGAUUCAAAGUCAUAUAGCUGAUACAGUUCCUGUUCAAACUCCAAGUGGGCAGGCACAUUCUACUUUUAGAUUUCCUUUGGGAUCAUCUUCUCAAAUGGCAUCAUUGCUAAUGGAAAUAACUGCGAAAGGAUGCGAUCAUCCCCAAGUCAUCUCUAGAAAAGACGCCAUGCUUCCAAGGGGGUCGCGUGAUUUCAGAAGGUAUAAACCACACACACCAAGGGAAGCAUGGGAGAAGGAGGUGACAAGGAGAAAAUCGCAAGGAGAAUCCGCAAACAGGAAUUCUGCCGAACUUGGAGUCGAUGGAGGAGAUCUUGAAGCAACUACUCUGGAAGAAAUCUUUAUGAAAUUCCAAGAUGAGGGUGAGGAUGAAGCUGCAUCUCUCGAACAUGUAUCCAAUGAAAAGUCCUUUGAAGAUAUAGACGGUGAAAGUGAGUCAUUGCUUGGAGAUGCAACAUCAAGAACAGUUAACCACAAGGGAAAUGUUUUGAAAAUGCAGAUUCGUGGAUUAUUAUCUACCCGUUUUUGUCUUUAUAGGAGAAAUAUUGUUGCAACUCUUACAACAGUUGGGCUGCCAGCAGUGUUGACUUUGAUUGCACUUAUUAUGCAACUUUCAUUUGGAAAAGUGGGUCCACAAUUUCUUGAUUUGUUUGAUACAAAGAUUGGCAACAGCAUAGCUUUAUUUUACACCACUCACAAUGAGUCGGCUACCAGUGAUGCUAAGAUCCUUUUGGAUAAACUUGGAACUAAUCAUGUUCUAUUGAACGAGUCUUCUCUUUAUCAAAGAUUUAAUGUAUCAGGACUUGUUCACCAGAAAAGGUUGAAUGCAAUUGGCAUAUCCUUUGAUGAGCUUGAUAUUCCAGAUUGUUCUUUCAAGUAUACUGUUAUGUAUCAACCUUGGCACACUCAUCAGUUGCCUACUGUUGCUGCUAUGCUCGAUAAUGCAUUUUUACAAGUAAUACAGGCUAAUUACUCUCGGAAGCCUGUAAUGAAUCUGCAUUGUUCAAAUCAUCCUCUUCCAUAUGAUGAAGGAGAUGAUGGAGUGAGCUUGAUGGUUAUGUUUGCUAUUGCAACUGGACUUCUAUUCAUUCCUCCUAUUCUGGGAGCCCAGGUAGUUCUUGAUAAGCAGCUAGGGCUCUUUGGUCUGUUUCGAAUGAGUGGCAUGAGGACCCUUGCCUACUGGGUUGCAGCUUUUUUCACAGAUAUUUUGUUACUGUACAUGGCAUCAUUUCUGGCAGUGGUGGUGGGUGUUUUCUUUGGGUAUUCACCCUUCAUAAAGGAAGCAAUCCCUAUAAUCAUUCUUCUGCUGAUGGUGAGCUUACCAGCUCAACUUCUUCUAAGCUAUGUUCUAAGCUUCAUGUUUGACAGUGCUCAAGGGGCUUUAUCCGCUUCAUCUGUAAUUUGCCUUCUAGGUGCAAUUAUACCUUAUUUCAUCCUAUUUAUAGCUCCAGGUGGACAGCUAUCGUCUCUUGGUUGGCAUACCUUGUUUAGUGUUGUUGAUCCUGCAUAUAAUCUCAUCUCAAGCCUUCAUAUGGUAUUCUCCUCAGUUAGAGAGAUUAAGGGACAGAAUGGAUUUCUUCCAUCAUCAGCAUCAACUAUUCUCUACUUUUUUAGAUGGAAUAAUUUUAUAAUGCUAAGUGUCCUUGGUUCCUUGAUAUCCAUUUUACUUCUCUUGCUCUGCCUAUGGCGGUUGGAGUCUCACAUGCUCAAUCCAGAAUCUAGAGAUAUCCAUUCACAUGGAACCGGGGAGUCAUCUGAGGUAGCUGUAGAGGAACAAGAGACCGAAGAUGUUGAGCUUGAGAAGGAAAAGGUUCAAUCUACCAUUGCAGCUAGGGAAAAUCUGCACCCUUCACGUGAUGCAGGAGAGCAUGGAGGAGACCAAAUUCUUUGUUGUGGCAUGAGUAAGAAAUUCAGUACAUCAGGAAUGUGUAGCUCUGGAUCUAAUGAAGGAACAUGGGCAUUUAAGAAUAUAUGGUUGGCUGUUCAGCAGGGAGAGAUUGUUGUGCUCGUUGGUGGAGAAAAGGCUGGAAAAAGCACACUGCUGAAUUGCCUUGGAAGACAAUGUUCAAUUACAUAUGGUGAUGCUAUAGUUUGUGGUAAUAGUGUACGUUAUAAUUACUGGGGGGCACAACAAAACGUCAUUGGCUUUUGCCCUCAGUAUGCGUUGGUAUACCCAGCAUUGACACUACGAGAACACCUGAAACUAUUUGCUUCUUUGAAGGGCCUAGCAAAUCACAACAUACCAGUUGAAGCAAUCCUCAAUGCAUUGAAUUUAACAGAGGAGGCUGACAAAAGGCUAGGACAUUGCAAACCAGCUAUCCAUAAUAAACUAGCCAUUGCUACAGCAAUGCUUGGAGAUCCAAAUACUUUGCUACUGGAUGAACCAACCUGUGGACUUGACACGGCUAGCAAGCGGAAGAUAUGGACAUACAUUGCAGCUCAAUCUAGCUCCCAUGCAACUUUGAUUUGUACUCAGUCUUCUGAAGAGGCUGAAGCACUUGGGAAAAGAGUCGGUAUACUUGUCAAGGGCCAGCUCAAAUGCCUUGCUGCACCACAAGAGCUGAAACGACGUUAUGGAUCUGCAUAUUCUCUGGUAGUCAUGGGUGAAACAGACAAGAUGGAAGCUAUCAAUAAUUUUGUUUCUACUUUAUUUCCUCUCUCAGAAAAUGAGACAAGCCAUGAAGACAAUAGUUGCAGUCCUGUAAUGGGACAAUGGAGGCAAAAAAGAUUUCAAAUCCAAAUAAGAAACUUGUCUGAAUUAGCCAUGCUUUUACAUGAAUUGGAAAUAAAGCGCCAUACUUUUGGAAUCAAAGAAUUUAUUGUAAGCCAACCAACAUUGCAGCAAGUUUUCCAUAGAAUUAUUCAUGCAAAUGAAGGUAGUAAUCACACUUAAGCAAGCAUCAUUCCUUUUGCAUUUAAACAAUGGGGAAGUUUGUACCCAAAAUCCUGUUAUAGUUCAGAUGUUAUGUUUCAAAGAAUUUUAUGUGAUGAGCUUCAUGGCAUUUUGUUUCUUGAUGUCUGAAGCAAUACAAGCUUCCUUCACAGCUUGUAGAAGGAUGACUGACUGAAAAAUAACAUGAAAGUAUGAAGUCAGUAUAUAAUUGUGUAAUUGUUCAACUAUGGUUGUUGAUAACUCGAUACAAUCGUUUGGAGCGAGGCCACUAUAUCAACAGAUAUCUUCUGCAGAGUGUGAAAUGCAGCGUGAAUUUGAUAAUCCAGAUACUUUAUGCUAGUCUUGCAGUUACUGCCUGAUAGGGAGCCAAAAAGGAAGAAUAAUCAGGUGCAACUGGACAGCAUUGGUUCUAUAAUUGGAAAAAUUUUCCUAACAAGAUUUUGCAUAUUGAUUCUGAAAAGAAGUUUGUACAGCGGUACAUAUUUUAUUGCCUUCCAUUAUUUUAUUUGGGGCUGGAUCCUGAUUCUACUUUUUCAGGCCAAUGAGUUCAAAUGAAUUUGUAUUUUUUUUUAAUUUAACUUUAGACAAAACUAUAAUCAUAAAAUAUCAGUUUGCAGAAA